ACAUCACAUAUCAAACGUACUUUUUUUUUAGCUAAAAUACAACAUAAUUAGCUAGUACAACAAAAAUCAACAUGGCUAGCAAGCGAUCAUCUCUAAGGGUGUUUCAAACACUCUCCAUUUUAAUCACUCUUCUCAUCCUCCUCCUCCUACCGUCACCCGUUCGCGGCCAAGACGCCUCAGAGUGCGAGGCAGCCGCAAGCGGCGGUUGUUAUGACAAAGAAAAAUCCUUAAAAUUAAAAAUAAUAGCAAUAUUUACAAUACUAGUAGCUAGUAUGAUAGGAAUAGGGUUACCCUUAUUUUCAACAGCUUUUCCUGCAUUACACCCAGAUCGUACAGCUGCCUUAGUAAUAAAAAUAUUAGCUUCAGGUGUAAUUUUAUCAACAGGAUUCAUGCAUGUAUUACCAGAUUCUUGGAAUAAUUUAACUUCACCAUGUUUACCUGAUAAUCCUUGGAGGGUUUUUCCUUUUUCUACGUUUAUAACAAUGGUUACUACUGUUUUGACUAUGAUGAUGGAUACGGUUGCCACGGCGUAUUUUAGAAAGAAGGGGUUGAAGAGGAUGCAUGCUCAUUGUGGUGCUAGUCACGGCGGAGUUAUUGGUGGUGGCGGUGGUGGUGUUCAUCAUUUGGAAAGCCCUAGAGAAGGUUGUGAAAUGGAAAUGGUAGAGCAAAAUCAAAAUGAUGGUAAGGAUCACAUUGUGGUUUCUAAUGAGAAUGAAUCUCAAUUGUUGAGGUAUCGCAUUGUGGCUCAGGUAUUGGAGAUGGGUAUAGUAGUUCACUCAGUGGUGAUAGGAUUGUCAAUGGGUGUUUCCAAUAAUCCAUGCACCAUAAGACCACUUGUUGCUGCUAUGUGUUUCCAUCAGCUCUUUGAAGGCAUGGGUCUUGGUGGUUGCAUUUUGCAGGCAGAGUAUGGGAUGAAGAUGAAAGCUAUAAUGGUAGCAUUCUUUUCAGCAACAACACCAUUUGGAAUAGCACUUGGACUUGCAAUGUUAAAUGUGUACAAUGAGAACAGCCCAACUGCUCUUAUUGUUGUAGGAGUCUUAAAUGCAACCUCAUCUGGAUUACUCAUUUACAUGGCUUUGGUAGACUUAUUAGCAUGUGAUUUCAUGGGACCUAAACUUCAAGCAAACAUCAAGCUUCAAUUCAUUUGCUACUUUGCUGCCUUCAUAGGCAUGGGUAUCAUGUCUCUCAUGGCAAAAUGGGCCUAAAGCUCAUCAUAACUCUGUUACUGUUAAAUUGACGUUAUGACUUUAAAAGUUUAUACGCUUUUUUUUUCUUUUUAUUUGUUCUAUUUUGACAAAAAAAGAAUUUUAUCAAAAUAUAUCAAAUAAAAAGAAACGAAAGUUACAUAAUUAUCUUGUUAAAAAUGAGUUUUCCUCCGAGUGUUUAUUAGGAGUGCAAGCAAAAUAAAUUUCAAUCAUAUUGAUAAUAUGAGUGUAACAUUUAUAAUGUGAUUACUCAAGACUUGUAUUCCAUUAAUUGUUGUAAAGAAUUGACAAAAUGUACGUGGUGUCCUUAGUCGUACAUAAGAAGGGGGG